UGUUUUAUUCCCACGAUAUUAUAUAAUCCAUUUAUAAAUUAUAAUUCACAAGUAUGAUAACAGCAAAAUUUUCAUUUAGAAUUUUACAAUAUUCCGGUCUUUGGCGACCAAAAUCACUUCGUUCGCAAUGGGGUUUUUUACUUUAUAAUUUUUAUAGUUUUCUAAUUGUUUUUCUAUUUGUCACACUUGACGCUUCAUUAUUAUUAUAUAUUAUUUUAAUUCCAACUGAUAUUGAAACAUUAAUGAAAAAUGUUAUGUUCUUUGUAACAGUAUUUGGAUUAAAUUUCAAAGUUAUUUAUGUUUUAUUACGUCGCAAUGAUAUUAUUCAAUUUGACGAUAUGCUCUUGGAAAAAUAUUGUACUCCACGUGAUAAUCAGGAAUUUGUCAUACAAACAAAAAUUGAUAAUUUCAAUAGAUUUAAUUCUAUACGUCUGUUUAUUGUAUGUUAUAUGUAUUUUGCAUUUAAUUUUAUAAUUUUGUCAUUGGUAUCAAAAGACAUUCAAAAUUCAUUGCCCAUGAAAACAUGGAUUCCAUAUAAUAUUGAUUCAAAAUUUAAUUUUUGGAUGACUUAUUUACAUCAAACAACAGUAAUGAUGAUAAUGGUUAACUCACAGGUUGCAUUAGAUGGUCUUGCUAUUGGUAUGAUGCAACAAAUUUGUGGUCAAUUGGAUAUUAUUAGACAUCGAUUGAAUCAAAUUAAUAAAUUUAAUAUGAAAAAUCACAAUAUUGAUAAUAAUUCACAAUUUAUUAUUCUUAAAGAAUGCUUACAUCAUCAUUCUUACGUCUAUUUAAUUGGAAAAAAGUUAAAUAAUCUUCUUGGUUGGAUGGCUAUUUUAAUUUUUCUAAUAACAAUAAUUGCUUUGUGUACCGUUAUUUAUCAAAUAACAUCGGCUAGUCCAAAUUCAAUGGAAUUUUGGUCCUCAAUUGCAUCGUCCAAUAGUCUUUUAUUUGAAAUAUUUCUUUAUUGUUGGUUUGGUCAGGAAAUGAUAGGAAAGAGUGCAGGUAUCGCUGAUGUGGCCUACGAAGUAAAUUGGACAAAUUUACCGAUAAAAUCAAAAAAAUAUUUAAUUCUUAUAAUAUUAAGAGCUGCCAAGCCCAUUGAAUUAAGUGGCUUGUCAAUUGUUACAAUGUCAUUAGAAACUUUUCUUAAGAUUUUGAAAGUAUCUUACUCAAGUUUUAAUCUUAUCCAAUCCAUGUAAUGUGCUGGUAAAAAAAAAGUUUGAUGGCAAUUUAAAAAAAAAAGAGAGAUAAUUUUUCUAUGAAACUGAAAAAAAUUUAAUUUUCACAUAUAUAAGUAGUGAAAGACAAUAUCAGUGAGAUAAAUAUUUAAAAAUUUUGUAAUAUACGGAUAUAAUUAAGAGAAUGUGAAAUAUUUGCA